GCUUUUUGUUGUUUGGGAACAAAAUUGGAAUCCUGUACAUUUUCUUGUGAUGUAUUUUGGAUUUGUUGCCAACCGUGGCACUGUGACAUGCAAGCCAAUCCCUGUGCUCUUAGGGUUAGUUACAAUUUUUUGAAAUGUUCCACAUUUCACUACUUGUAGUAGACUCCCUAGUUCUCCAAACUCUUUCAGAUCUGUGGUGUGGCCUGGUAGCCAGAUUUAAAAAGAGAAGGGAGCUUUAAUAGGGAAUGGAUACUGUGCUGGUGAAGGCAACACUGGAACUGAUUUCAUGGAAGGAUACAUGUAUUGUUUGAUGCUCUGAACAAGGAACCUAUGGGCAGCUGAGAGUACUAGAGAAGCGGUGGGCAACCUGUGACCUUCCAGAUGUUGUUGAGUUGGAAGGGACUCUGAGGGUCAUUUAGUCCAACCCCCUGCAAUGCAGAAAUCCUGCCCACAGCCAUCCCUGAGUGCGCUUGAACUACCAACCUUCUGGUUAACAGCCAGACGCACUGACCUGUGUUUUUGGUCUCCCAUCAGUCUGACUCCCUCAGCCAACAUAGCCAGUGGCCAAGGAUGAGUUGUGGCCCUCCAUCCAUAUUCCAGGAGAAAACAAAGACCUAAUAAUACCUUGUUAGUGGAAACUGUCACAACCAGCUUACUUCCGUCGCUUUUUCCAGUUGGCAUGCUGUAUUCUUUUCACUCACAAGAUCCAGCUAAGAAUUAAAUCGGCUCUAGCACAGGAUUUUCAAAGACUGUUUCUCUUCCUCAUUGAGAAUGUAAAAUGCUGGGUUUAAUGGAAAACUCCCUGAAAAUGUAGUAAAGGUUAAAUAAAUACCUAGCAGAAAAUAUUCAAUCAUGUGAUUUACACAGGAAUAAAUGGUGCAGUGUUCUCUGCUGCCUGCAGUUUAAUUCUGUGUUGCUGUGGUGGGAUUCAGAAAUGUGUAGUGUGUAACUUCUGGGUAUUUAAAGAUGUCUGUAACUGGAUGAAGGUUUGCUGGCUAGCAUAGAUGUUGGAGCAGAGCAUUUUCCUCAAAGUGCCACUAGGUGCCAGGAAAGAAUCUGACUUAGGAGCAGCGGUGGCAGCAGCACAAAAGAGAAAAGGCAAGACGUAAAUGACAAUCAUGAAAGUUAACAUUUCAAGCAGAUCUCAGAUAUACUCCCAUUUGAUUUCUACCACUGUGAAUGUGCUCUUAAUAGAGGAACUGCUUGUUUUGGUGGUGUUACAGCAGAAAUGGUCUUGAAUGCCUGGGUUUCAUAAGAAGCUAGGAUAAUUGUUUGGUUUGGUUCCAAUGAUAUUGGAAUACUGAAAUUUGCUUUCAACAGAUUUCUAAAUGGAACUCUUAUUACAAGUACAGUCAUACCUUGGGUUAUAGACACUUCAGGUUGCGCGUUUUCGGGUUGCUGAGCCCAGAAGUACCGGAAUGGGUUACUUCCGGGUUUUGGCAUUCGUGCAUGCACAGAAGCACUAAAUUGCGCUUUGCGCAUGCGCAGAAGUGCCAAAUUGUGACCCGCACGUGCGCAGACACGGUGCUGCGCAUUACAAAUGUGCCUCCCGCACGGAUCACGUUCGCAACCCGAGCGUCCACUGUAUAUCUGUAUAUGUAGGGAAUGUUUUUCCGCACCUUGUAUAAAAAAUAACUUUCUCUCAGAGCUCAAGCACCAGCUAAUUGUAAAAACAGUCCUCAAAUUUUAAGCUAUAAAUGUAUGGGCAGAGUGUAAAAAAAAUAGUGCUAGCCCUUCCAAAAUCUGCUGGUUUCUUGGGGACCCACCCAUGGUUUUUCAUCUGUUCAGUCGCUUCUCAUCAUUAAGCCCGCCCACCUUCAAAUAUGAAAGGGCUGUUUUUCUCAGUAGCUGCCUUUAAUUUAAAAGUUUGCAGUAAGAACUUCUCUCAAACUGAAGUUCCUUGCUAUUUUAUGCAGGGCAUACUCUUAUCCAGUUACUAGCACUAUUGAUCUUUCAACAGUGAAUCCUUGAUAAUUAUGUGGAACUUGGUUCCUACCAACUUCCUGUAACUCUACACCGCUGGGUAAAAGUAUUAGUGGUCAUACAUUGCUAAAGAAAGCACAGACCCAGAUUCAGCCAGGGCAGCCGGGGGAAUCUGAAGGAAGAACUGCUGUUGAAUUAAUUUGCCAUGGAAGGGUAGAAUUCAGACAAGGCUUCCAGUGUUGGUCCACUGCAGCUGAGUUGAGCUUUAAAGGUCGCUUGGCACUAAGUGUUUUGUAAGUGAAUGUGCUCUUCACAACAAGCAAUCCGUGGCAGGAAUGACUUGCUAAAUUCAGAAGGCACUCUGGCUAACAGCUACCUGCAUUUCUGUGGUCUUCAUCUGUUAUUCUGAAGAUUAACUGGCAAGUGAUUGCGGGCAGCUGCUUUCCACUUAAGAAGAAAAAAACUCUCUGACCUUUAUCUUUGGAAAUGAGGACAAAUGGCAAGGCAGUUGCGGCUGCAUUUUGCAGCUGAAAGGAGUCACACGGAUCCGUUAUCAGAGACCCUUGGAGAUGGCUGGUUUAAAGAAGAUACCCGCAUGUACGCCCAAAGUCCUGAGUCGAACGCUGCCCCUUUUAUUGUUGAAAUGAAGCGGAAUCCCAAGCGAAUGCAGGAAGAAAACAAACUGCCAGUUUUGUCCCGGAAACCCAAGCGGAGUGCUUCGCUGAAGAUUUCCUUGCAGACUUCUAGAGGCAAUGGAUGUUUGCAGCCCGUGGCCUUGGAAGACCAUACUUCCCUGGUCAGCCUAAGGAAGAAAGGGGACUGUUGUAACAGGAAUGCGACUGUCGGUCAGUCUCGCCAGCUAACAAAUGGCAGCGGUCUGGCUGAUACCGCAGCGUUUGGUGGGGUUCCCAGCAGUUUCUCAGCCAGUGACAAAGGAGCCUACAGCAGCGCAGGGAGUGACUAUGGGUCGUGCACAAGUACCACAAGUGAUGGUGGGUCCUAUAGCAGUAGCAUCAUCAGUGACAGCAGUAGCUGCCCCUUUUCUGCUGGAGAAGGCUGUAUUUUUUCUGGUAACAUGGUCUGUGGCAGCUCUGCUGCAGGUCGAAGCGCCCACCGCAAAUCCUCCAUCCCCCACAGGAGCAGCACUGCACAGAAUAGUGUGAGCAGAAAUAUUUUUGACCAAGAAGACUCAGAACAAGCUGCGAGGACAACAAAGCUGCCACCAUCAGCAAGAGAGAGAAAUGCUUCCUUACGACGCUGCUCAUCUCUGGUCAUUUUCCCAAGGAGUCCUUCAGAUACGCCGCCAGUAUCUCCAACAUCUCCUCCACCAGCUCGGCGACCCUCUCAAGUGUCUCAUAGUGAGCAGGUGCAAAGCGAAGACAUGUCUGGGGGAUCCCUCUCUACUGUAGUCAAUGGAUUUCGGCUUUCUAAAAGUUCUUGUUUUCCUAAUGAAAGUAGGGAUGUUAGGCAACUGCAUUUGAAUAGCUCGCUGUGGGAGAGAACCUGCCGUGAGCAAGGCACCUGCGAGGAAAUACCAAAUGGAGGCUCUUGUGUUUCAUUUCACCUCUCCAAUGGAGCACGAGCACCGAAGGGUGACACUGUGUCCUCUUCCAGCGGACCCUCCGUAGCAGCCCACCCUAAUCAAAGAGUCAGACCUACGGCGUCAGCCUGUUUGCCCUCGAAUUUGGAGGAUCCUGCUAGCAUAGGAACUGAAAAAAGACCAUAUGCAUGGAGGAGCAAGCCCCACCAUGGCCUACAGAGGAGCCUCUCACUGGGAUCGUCCCAGCCUUCAUUUCUAUCCAGUUUUAAAUACAGCUCCAAGGCAGGAAUGUCACAUUUACACAUACAGUUUGGAUCCGAGAGAGAGGGGAAGCCCAGUGGAGUUCAAAGGAGUACUUUGAGGAAACCUCUUGAGACGAGAGAUGAUUUUCUUGGCCAAGUAGACGUGCCUCUGGCUCAACUGCCGACAGAGAAUCCAACUACUGAGAGACCAUAUACGUUUAAGGAUUUUCUUCUUCAUCCAAGGAGCCAUAAAUCCAGAGUGAAGGGGCAUCUCAGGUUAAAAAUGACCUACAUACCUAAAAACAAUGGAUCUGAGGAAGAUGGCACAGAACAGGCAGAAGAGCUAGAGCCUGGCUGGAUUUUAUUGGACCAACCUGAUGCUGCUUGCCAGUUGCAGGAGCAAGAGUCUUCUCUACCCGCAGGCUGGGAAGAGAGGCAGGAUGUCAAUGGCAGGACCUACUUUGUCAACCAUGAAUCGAGAAGAACACAGUGGAAAAGACCAACUGCUCAGGACAACGGACCCGAUGCGGAGACUGGCAACAUUCAGCUGGAAGUGCAACAUGCUUUUGCUCGCCGGCAUCAAAUAACCGAGGAGGCGGAGAAUCUGGACCACAGAGAAUCUCCUGAGAGUUGGGAGAUCAUCACAGAAGAUGAAGCAACUAUGUACAGCAACCAGACUCCCCAAGUCACUGUGCAACACAAUUCUGAGGCAGAGAACGGCCUUACAGAAGAACUGAGCACAGAGCUUACGACCUCUGGGAGUUCCACUGCUGCCCAAGCAGCUUCCUGCACUGACGAUUUAAGCAGAAGUAGUAACCUGCAGACGUACCAAGCUGAAGAACAACCAGCUCUUCCUGUUAUACUGCCUACUUCAUCUGGACUGCCUCCAGGCUGGGAAGUAAGGAAAGAUGACAAAGGAAGGCCGUAUUAUAUAGACCACAAUUCCCAGACUACCACCUGGAAGAAGCCAGCUGUACAGCAGGUCGGGGUGGAUGUGGGUCAGCAGGCCACAACUCCACAUUGUUCCUCCAGACAACAGUUGGCAUCAGAUGACUCACCGCAGCAGCCUUCGUUCCAGAAAGCCCCAGAAGCUGAUCUAGGACUUCUCCCAAAAGGCUGGGAAGUUCGUAACGCUCCAAAUGGGAGGCCAUUCUUUAUUGACCACAAUACCAAAACAACAACGUGGGAUGACCCCAGAUUCAAAAUUCCUGCUCAUAUGAGAAGAAGGACCUCUUUGGACCCUGCAGACCUUAGCCCUUUACCACCUGGCUGGGAAGAACGAAUACAUACAGAUGGAAGAACAUUCUACAUAAACCACAAUACCAAGAAAACUCAGUGGGAAGACCCUCGCUUGCAGAAUGUCGCAAUAGCUGGACCAGCUGUGCCUUAUUCCAGAGACUAUAAAAGAAAGUAUGAAUUCUUCAGAAAGAAGUUAAAAAAGCAAAGUGAUAUUCCAAGUAAGUUUGAAAUGAAACUUCACCGUGCCACAAUCUUCGAAGACUCCUACAGAAGAAUUAGUGCUGUGAAGAAGCCAGAGUAUCUCAAAGCCAGGCUUUGGAUUGAAUUUGAUGGUGAAAAGGGUUUGGACUAUGGAGGGGUUGCCAGGGAGUGGUUCUUCUUCAUCUCCAAGGAAAUGUUUAACCCAUACUACGGAUUGUUUGAAUAUUCUGCCACGGAUAACUAUACUCUCCAGAUUAAUCCAAACUCCGGCAUGUGCAAUGAAGACCACCUUUCAUACUUCAAGUUCAUCGGCCGUGUGGCAGGGAUGGCCGUCUACCAUGGGAAGCUCUUAGAUGGUUUCUUUAUUCGCCCUUUUUACAAAAUGAUGCUUCAAAAGCCAAUAAUUCUUCAUGAUAUGGAAUCUGUGGACAGUGAAUACUACAGUUCUCUGAGGUGGAUUCUUGAAAACGAUCCCAAGGAACUGGACCUUCGGUUCACAGUGGAUGAAGAACUUUUUGGGCAGACUCAUCAACAUGAAUUGAAAACUGGAGGGUCAGACGUUGUGGUCACAAAUAAGAACAAGCAAGAGUAUAUUUAUCUUGUAAUACAGUGGAGAUUUGUGAACAGGAUCAGGAAACAAAUGGCUGCCUUCAAAGAGGGUUUUUUCGAACUAAUACCACAAGAUCUCAUCACAAUCUUUGAUGAAAAUGAAUUAGAGUUACUGAUGUGUGGCCUGGGAGAUGUAGAUGUGAAUGACUGGAGGGAACACACAAAGUACAAAAAUGGCUACAGUGCAAAUCACAUAGUUAUUCAAUGGUUUUGGAAGGCUGUGCUGCUGAUGGACUCUGAAAAAAGAAUCCGACUCCUUCAGUUUGUGACGGGCACAUCCCGCGUACCUAUGAAUGGAUUUGCCGAACUAUACGGUUCAAACGGACCACAGUUGUUCACCAUUGAGUACUGGGGCAGCCCUGACAAACUGCCGAGAGCUCAUACUUGUUUUAACCGCUUGGAUUUGCCUCCAUAUGAAUCUUUUGAAGACUUGUGGGACAAGCUACACUUUGCAAUUGAAAAUGCUCAGGGGUUUGAUGGCGUUGACUGAGCCCCAGGAGAGGAGGGUGACAAUGCUGGACUUCUUUUCUGUGCUGCAAUUUGAGAGUUUACAAGCAAAACAAAUAUUCCAGGGACUCUGUUGCUUCAUUUAAAUGGCAACUGAAUCUUUACGGUAUCCGUUUUUAAAAAAGAAAAAGUGUUAAGUUCAGUUACAGCUAAUUGUAUUUUGCAUUUCAAACUCUUGCCUGUUGGAUUAGCGGGUGCACAUGAACACUGGUGAGGCUGGCAUAAAUGAGCCUUGCAUUACCUCUUACAAGAAUUUGCCGCCUUGGCAAGUCUUAACUACUGAAAGCGUAAGCUGUGAAAAGCAGAGUGAAUCUGUCUGUCUGUCUUCCUUCCAUCCGUCGGUCCACAUGUGCAUUCUCUCUCCAGAGGUGGCCAGACAGCCCAUGGAUUCUGCUCUUGGGUUGCGAAGCACUUCUUCAGACUUUCCAAAGCACCUUAACUAUAUAUUUGGGUAACGGUAAAAUCUUUCCACCUGUGCACAGUAAACUGGCUCUGGCUGCACUUGUGCACAUUGCUGCAGGCGCUGAGCUGGUAGGGCUUGUGCCUGGGUGCUGGGUGGCAACUUCCCUGUCCAGCUGUGCUUGCUCUGAGCAGCGAGGAGCAAUGCUCGGAGACUGGCAGCUGCUUCCCUGGGCAUUGCACAGGAGGAAACUUCUUCCCAGUCGAUUGUGCCCAGUUGUUUCCUUUUUAAGUAUUCCCAAUUCUAUUUCUAAACUUUUUAACCUUUGAGAUUAAAAAGUAGCAUGGACUUAAAUGAGAUUAUUUUAAAACUUGUUUGGAUUUAUAUGCUAGUGUAUUUUUUGGUAAAUCAUAUUUUGAUAAAUUGUCUAACAAAUAAUAUUUUCAGCUUUGCUUUUUUU